UGGCACAGGUAAAUCAUUCCAUACUGCAGCACAGGUUUCAACAUAUUACAUUAACACUAUUCAAGUGAUCUCAAUAUAUUAAAAUGUUUGUCAGUCACAUAGUUUUUGUUGCCUGCUUUCUGGGCGUGUUGGUAUCUGCUCAAGCAGCUUUGGACGAGGACUCAGUCAAUGAUUUGGUCAAUAGCAUCGUUCCCGCUCUGCAAGAUAAGACUGAAGAUGCUCUGGACACACUGAACAGUGUGCUGGUAAACAGAAGACGAUCCCUCAAGAGACGCGGGUUCUGGGAUGAUGCCGCAGACUUUGCAAACGGUGCCCUCACUGGCUACCUGUACUACGGCAGACGAGAUGCGGACGCCGAUGCGUUUGAAGACAGACUGAAGAAAGCUGAAGACGCCGUUAACGUUCUGGCUAAGGCAUCCCAAAUAGCAAGGGAUGCGUUGGAUGCAGCAAAAAACGCAGCUAAUUGAUCGAAUACGAGUUAAUAACAGUUAAUUCUUUACAUAUUUUGGGCACCUGAAUAAAAAUAUUUGCUGUAGUAGAUGGUUUGUUGGAUGAAAUAAACGGUAACACAAAAUGAAAUGUGGACAAAUAGA